GCGGAUGAAUUGUCGUAGUUCGUGUUUUGAAGUCGGCAGGCGGGUCUUGGCGUUUUGCGGGCCGAGAACCGAUGCCAGCUACCAGCCAACCUACCACUUGUGCACAUCCUGGCAUUCCCAUCCUAUCCUGGCAUAGACCAAUAAGUUAGGGUAAUAUAGCCAGAGAGAGUCUAUCAAAAGCCAUCAUGCCGGUUGUUGUGAGUCCCAUGAGAGAGGAGGAUAUCGAUGGCGGUAUAAGGACGAUUCAAGAAGCGUUCGCAAAUGACCCAUAUAAUUUAUGGAUUUUUAACGAUCGAUCCAAGAUUGAUUUGAAUCGCAACCGUGUAUCUCUUCGCAUCCGCUGUCUAUGGGGUCUACGUAAUGCCUUGUUCCAUGUGGCCAAGGAGGAGGGCUCAGAUAAAGUCCUUGGGAUUGCUAUGUGGAUGCCGCCCAGGGCGACUAACAAGCCAUUGACGUGGGGCGAGUGGUUCUGGAAUGGCUUCGAGGAUUGGCGGCUCUGGGGAAACCAGGUGGCGAUGAACCUGCAGUAUGGGCGAGGAGGGUUGAACGUCAAGCGAUACUAUAUCUGGAAAGCACGUCAAGCGGAAGCCCAUAAGGAGGUUUGGACGGACCCGAAAGGCUACUAUUUUCUGAACAUCAUCAGCGUUCUACCCGAAGCACAAGGAAAGGGUGUCGGAAGGGCCUUGUUCAACGAGGUCACCAAGAAGGCAGAUGCGGAAGGUAUCAAAUGCUAUUUGGAAAGUAGUCGGGACGAGCCGAAUACCAAGAUCUACGAGGCGAUGGGGUUCAAGUUCGUCAGGGGUAUGGACUGCGACGAUGACGGGGAGGUUUGCAAGCUCUACUGCAUGGUUCGGGAACCGAAGGUGAUAGCAUGAGCCAGGCAGCUGAGACUGCCCAACGAGAAUCCCGAGAUGGUGUGGUUGCAAAGCCCGAAGCUUGCAUCACUCGAUGAUGGCUGCUGAUGCCUGAGAUGGAGGACAAAGUAGCUUCAAUACUGGUCAGCAUUCAAGCAUUUGAGAAAGCGUCUUGGCUAUCGGAACC